UAAUAAAUUUUAUGUGUGUGUUUACGUAUUUUCCUUGGGUAAAAAUCAAUUUGGAGUCCAAACCGGGGAACUCUGGUCUUCCGCAGAAAAACCCUAGUACGCGUUCUCUCUCUUCCUCUCUCCAUUUUUCAAUGUUACGUUUUUUGCUUCCAUUUGGCAGAUUGAAAUUGGAGAAGGAAGGAAAUCGACUGACUGAAGACUCAAGUACAUGGCGGAACUGAGGCUGGGUGUUCUAAUAGACAUUGUAGAUGAAGAAUGGAUGCGAGACACUCUUCUCAAUGAUGAUCUUCCUUUGCCGCCUGUGAUGAUUUCUCGGAUUGAUGACACUGAAGAUUCAAUUCAGGAGAACCAACAAGUUGAGGGAGAUACUUGGCAUGAUCUUGCUUUGGGAACUCAUCAAUAAGACUUUGUGGGUGAUACUAGCUACCUUUGAUUCUCAUUGUAACCAAAAACGGUGUUUGAUUUAAUGUAGCUGGUCAUUUCUGUGUGGUUUAAUGCUUCUUUUUCUUUUCUUUUCUUUUCUUUUCUUAUUGUUUUGGGGUGGAAAAAUUGGAUCUGAAGUUCAGAUAUAUAUGCUUCUUGUUACAACUACCAGAUAUCCAUUUAUUAAUGUUUGAUGGUAAUGCUUAUUAUUUCGACUA